CCCCACCCUGGAAUAGGAGUAUUAAACCUUUCAGGUGCUGCACGCAGCAGCAGGUGCAUCUUUGGACAAACGGCAGACAAGACCAACAGAAAGUCACAGUUUCAACACACUUGGAUCAUAAAUACUUUUGCUUCAUCUUGUGGCUCUCAUCAGCGUUUCUAUGGCAUCACCGUGCCUCAGCUCCGUGCUGACAAACGCCAACCUAACCAUGUACCAGACAGGCCUGCCUGAUGCCCUGCCCCAUGUGCCCCCCAUCAACAGCCAGCACCACAGCAGCCUGGGCUAUAACUCCAACACCAACGCUGGUGGUCAGUGGUAUGCUCAGAUGAACCCCCUCAACUGGACCACUGACAAUGUGAUGGAGUGGAUCAGUCAGCACGUAGAACGCAUGGAGCUCGAUGCAAGUACCCUGACCCUGGCCUACUGUGCCAUGGAUGGCCACACCUUGUGCCAGAUGAGUCUGGAACAGAUGGUCGGUGUCUUUGGCCCUGAGCUCGGCCCACACCUCCACCAAAACCUGCAAGAAAGCAAAGCCAAAUAUGAACUGCAGAGCCUAUCAGGACCAGAACUCAACGAGACCUGCCAGCUCCUGGAUAAGUUCCUGCAUAACCUAAGCUUCCCAGACAACCUGUCCUUCCCUUUGCUCAGCACCAUCAAACUUGGUCAAGGUGAGGACUGUGUCAUCAAGGGAGAAUUUGACUACAGCGACAAUUAUGAUCUGCUCGGCCUUACCAUGGGGGCCAUGACACCUCUAGGGGACGAGUGCAUGUCUGAUACUCAGUCGGACAGCGACUGCAGCUCCUCAUCCAAUAGUGGCCUCUUUGGCUUCCCCAACCUUGGUUCACCAGAGUCUGGCAGCGGAGAAUCGGACCCAGAGUUCUCUUACCCCAUGAUAUCCAAGUCUCUGGUUAAAAAGGAGAAAGUCGAGUCACAACUUAAGCGGCCACGAGGCCGACCUCCUAAAGUCAGCAGAGAGCACUGCAGCAACAUUUACGACCCUUCAAAGAAAACCAAACAUGCGCCUCGUAGCGCUCACCUUUGGGAGUUCAUCAGGGAUAUUCUCAUCCACCCGGAGAAGAACCAGGGCUUGAUGAAGUGGGAAGAUCGGCGUGAGGGUGUGUUUAAGUUCCUGAAGUCUGAGGCUGUGGCUCAGAUGUGGGGCCAGAAGAAGAAGAAUAGCAGCAUGACGUAUGAGAAACUCAGUCGUGCUAUGAGGUAUUACUACAAACGAGAAAUCCUUGAGCGUGUGGACGGACGGCGGCUUGUGUACAAAUUUGGAAAGAAUUCCAGCGGCUGGAAAGUUGAAGAGCUUGGAAUGAGCAUGUAAAGGUUCAUUGCUGAUGGCCGUUGAAACCCAAAAGCCAAUCUGUGCAGGAGUUAGGAACUUGUAAGACUCGUUUGUCCUGUCAGGGGGGGACCUCCUUGCCACUCAAAUGUUAAGACACUAACUUCCUUUCCAAGGAAGGUGUUGCAGAAAAUGUAAGCCAGUGUUUUUGGCUCCAGUAGGUUUUAUGAACCAUUUUUAAUAUUGAUUGUAUGUAUUGGAUAUUGUUGUUUCCUCUCUUGCGUCACAGCUGCAUCGGAGUCAGUUAGAAUAUCUAUCCACCAAAAGUCUAUUUAUUUCACUUUGAGAGUUGAGUUCAGACUCGGGGAGAAUUCAAACUAUCAUCAGCAAAGUUGAGAAAUACAUUCUUAGAAUAUUUCACUCUCGUAUGCAGCGGGGGUGUCACAAGAUCUUGCAAGAUUUAAACGUGACAAGACGUGUCUCGUGGGCACUAGGCCUGGGACGAUAAUUCAUUCAUUAGUCACACAAUAAAUGAAAAUGAACUGGGUCAUUUUGCCGGCCUCAAUAUAUUGCCGUGUGCAUUUCCUCAUCUCUCGCCCCCAGACUGGCAGGAAGUGGGUUCACUCUGUGGUUUCAGCACCUUGGCACGUUUGUUCAAUAGAAAAAGUGCAAGAACGGGGUGAGACUUUUUUUAGUCUCUUUGUCAAAGUGGGUGGAGGCGGGGCCGCGAGCAUGCACACAGAGUGCAGAAGAGUGUCAUGUAGUAGUAUUAAAUUAGUAGAUUGCAAUAUGUUGUCACGUGUUUUAAAAUAUUUUUUCAUUGGACUUUUCUUAAAAGUGAAGUUAAAAUCCCGUCUCGUUGUCGUAGACCCAACCUCGUGUAUCACCGUGUCUUGUGACACCCCUAGUAUGCAGGGACUCUGUAUCAUAUAAGUAAUAUAAACACUGAGCUUUUCCCCGAAUGCGAUGCACUUGUACAUUUGUUUCACAGAGUGGGAAUUAUUUUCUUUCCUUCCAUGUUAAACAGCAUUUGAAGCCAUCUUAUUUGGCAUGAAUAUUGCAGCAGUGUGCUCUACGUGUGCUCUAAGUGCAUUACACAACCUUUGAGGAGAAACAAGUGGUCAUGAUGUCACACCAUUAAUACACUGUAUACAGUAUAUAAUCCUCUAGAAAUAUGCAUGGAAAUGAAAAUAUCUUUUUGAUAUCUUGAUGUACUGUAUGUAUUUUUAUAAUUUUUCAUU